AUGUUCGGGAUGGUGAUGGAAUAUCAGGCGGUGAAGGACGAGCCUUCAUUAGCAGGCAAGGAUUUGAGGAUCCCUGCGCGUCAGCACAGCAAUGUGGACAAAGCAGGUGUGGCGGCAGAGCUCGAUCCUCAAGGCAUGCUGUCGUUGUUGGCUGCCAUGGCGGCUGUGACCCGUCGGUUGCAGAUAUGGAAGGAACGCCAUGUCGUCGUCACAAAAGACUCCCUCAUGUUCUGGUAUACAAGUGAGGCGGAUUCAGCGCCGGAAGAUGUCAUCUCGCUGAAGAAGGCUACGGGAGUUAGGAGGGACGACAGCGCAAACCGGCCGUACACGUUUAUCAUAUCUGCAAGAGGGGGGACAUUCUAUCAGUUCAGUGCGAACAGCGACGAGGAGCUGGAGUCUUGGUUGAGAGUGAUCGGCAAGGCUAUUGUGCGUGGAAGCACGACGGAGUGGGAUGAGACGAGUGACAGGCUCGCUGAGUCGCAGCAAUAA